AGAGGACCAUUGAAGGCAUCUUCGUUUGUUUUCUUCUGUCGUAUAUGAAAUUUCCGACGGCUUUGAAUGCAACAUGUGUUGCGCCUUUAGCGCGAAAAUCUCGUAUUGACUAAAGCAGGUUUAACGAUUUAUUUUAUUUGUGGAAUGGCUUUUCACAGUUACAUUAACAUCUCUGAGCUUCAUCCCAGCUUUUCUCAUCCGAAAGUUUUUGGGAUUGUCAUUGCAAAGACGGAUGUCAGAAGCUUCCCGAACAGAAAAAAUUCUGAAGUUGAGCGCUUCACGUUUGGCUUCACCAUUAGAGACUCUCCAGACUUCUUCAUAAAUGUGUCCGCCUGGGGAAAUCAAGGAUACAUUAACAGUCUCGCUGAUAACUUCAGGAUCGGUGACUGUGUCACAGUUGAGAAUCCUCUAGUUUCCAGCAAAGACCCAGAGAAAGAUAAGUUCUGCCCGGCAACACCAAGCCACUACAGGCUGCUGGUGGUGGAGCCUCAUUCGCAGGUGUUGCUGUGCACGGACACGGACACGGUGGACGGGCUGCUGCCGCUGAUGCACCUGCCCGCGAAGGACUCCGUCGAUUUCUACUCGCUGGGCGACAUUAUGGCCAACGGGCAGAAACUGGAUGGCGCGGUGAUUAAUAUACUGGCAGCUGUCAAAACGAUCAGUGAACCCAAACAGUUCACCACCUCAGACGGACGCCGAGGACAGAGGAUGGAAGUGAAGCUCUUCGACGACUCGGUGUCCUCCUUCCCUCUGGUUUGCUGGGAUAAGGAGAGCAUCCAGCUGCUGCAGACGCUGAUUCCCCGGGAGGCGGUGCUCUUCCUCGCCGACGCGAAGGUCAGCUUCGACAGCUUUCGUGGUGGCAUGAUGGCAACCGUGAACUCCAGGAGCGUCAUUACUGUCAACCCUGACUCCCGAGAGGCCAGCCUGCUGUUCAGCUACGCCAAGCAGAUGUCCGAGUCCGGAGCUCUGGACCACGACGAGGCCGACGAUCCGGCCGUGGACUCCAUCACUGAUGUUUACACCGUAAACCAGCUGAAGCUGAAGGCGAAAGAGCAACCCGACACUUUCUUUGGCCUCACCUACAGCUUCAUCUCCAAGCUGGAUCUGGACUCCUCCGUCUCCAAAGUCAUCAAGACUCGCUGCUGUAAGUGUAAGUUCCAGGCGGCCGCGGACAUGCGGAGCUGCAGUAACCAGCUGUGUCCGGGGAGGGAGCAGCCGUUCUCCGGCUCCACCGCUUUCGACCUGCUGGUGGACGUGACCGACCACACCGGCACGCUGCAGGCCUGCAGCCUCCGGGGCGCCGCGGCGGAGCAGACGCUGGGCUGCUCGACGGACGAGUUCAUCCGUCUGAGCGACGAUCAGCGCACCGCUCUGAAGUGGAAGCUCCUCCUGGAAAGAUGCAAAAUCUGCCUGAAGAUCCUUCCCUCGGCGAGGAGGAAGAGCGGCAUCAGGACGGUGAUCCUCACCUGCUCUCUGGCCGACCCCGGAGAGGUGAAGCAGCACAUGUCGGCCGUCCUGCAGCAGCUGUGAACCAAACACGACGUCUGCUGUUCAUGUUCUGCACCUAUUGAAACGUCUGAUCCAUUAUUUAUUUAACUUAUUUACAUUGACUAAUUUAUUGUUUGUUAAACUGUUCAUGUUUAAUAAAGUUGUUCUGAAAACAA